AUGCUUGCUGUGUCCCUGUUACUCUUACUGGCCGUUGGCGGAGUCAGCAGUGCUGGGUACCGUCGGGUAUGCUAUCAUACCAACUGGUCUCAAUACAGACCUUCUCCCGGAAAGUAUUUCCCCGAAAACAUUGAUCCAAGCCUCUGCACCCAUAUUUGUUACGCUUUUGCCAAACUGAAUGGGAAUCACCUCACAGCUUUUGAGUGGAACGACGAAUCUGAGCCAUGGAUGAAAGGAAUUCUGUUCAUAUCUAUCUAUCUAUCUAUCUAUCUCCAUGUGUUCAUAUCUCUUGGUCUGUUUCUUUUUCUUUCUUUCUUUCUUUCUAUCUAUCUAUCUAUCUAUCUAUCUAUCUAUCUAUCUAUCUAUCUAUCUAAUUCAGUCAGUUAUCUAUCUAUCUAUCUAUCUAUCUAUCUAUCUAUCUAUCUAUCUAUCUAUUCAGUUGGUGGCUGGAACAUGGGCUCUCCACCUUUCACUGCCAUGGUAGCGAACGCCGCGAACAGGAAGGACUUCAUUGAUCACGGCAUUAAAUGGAUGCGAAAACGAGGUUUUGAUGGUCUGGAUGUCGAUUGGGAAUACCCGGCCAACCGAGGAAGUCCACCAGAAGAUAAAAACCGAUUCUCGGCUCUCAUUAGGGAAACCCGUCUUGCGUUCGAUGCUGAAGCGAAAACAUCUGGAAAUUCUCGUCUGCUUUUAGCAACGGCUGUGUCCGCAGGAAAGGACAAAAUUGACACAGGUUAUGACAUUCCUGAAAUUUCAAAAUACUUUGACUUCAUCACCAUUAUGACUUAUGAUCUUCAUGGUGCUUGGGAAAAGUUCACCGGACAUAACAGCCCUCUGUACGCCCGCAGCGAUGAGCAAGGACUUCAGAAGAUUCUCAACAUGAAAUGGGCUUCGGAAUACUGGGUAUCGAAAGGGGCGCCGAAAUCAAUUCUUAACAUCGGAAUGGCUCUGUAUGGACGAGGAUUUACACUGACCAACAAGGCAAAUACCAAGCCAGGUGACAGCGUCAAAGGUCCAUGCAAUAAGGGAAGAUAUACCCGUGAGAAAGGAUUCCUCUCCUAUUACGAAAUCUGUGACAUGAUUAAAACCGGUGGAACAACUCAUUGGAUUAAAGAACAAGAAGUACCCUAUGUCGUCAAAGGUGACCAAUGGGUGGGAUACGAUGACAAAAAGAGCUUGACUAUUAAGACAAACUGGGUGAAAUCCAAUGGUUAUGGAGGAAUUGCUGUGUGGGCUUUGCCUCUUGAUGAUUUUGGUGGCAUGUGCGGUGGAGAGAAAUACCCACUGCUGAAGACCAUCGUCAGAACCUUGGGUGAUGCCGUCGUCCCCAGUGACGGCCCACCAGUAGUUACACCCAAACCUCCAACCCUUCCACCUAGUAAGGAUGAUGUACUGUGUUCUGGUAAAGCUGACGGUACCUACGCCCACCCAAAGUCCUGCACGGACUAUGUACUCUGUCAGGGUGGUAGAACAUACAUAGAUCACUGCACCGCAGGUAUGUGGAACGAUGCAAUCAAAGACUGCGAUCCAACUCCUGGCUUCGAAUGCCGACGCGGCAACAAAGUUGUCACGAACCCACCAGAAGUUAUCACGAAACGUGUAACACGACCUUCGGGAAGAAUGGAUGGAAAGUUUUGCAGUGGAAAAUCCGACGGUUUGUACGCUGACCCGAAAGAUUGCAAUGCCUACUACAAUUGCGCAUCAGGCCUUACUUUCCGCUCAAUUUGCGGACCCAACACUGGAUUCGAUCCCAAAAUCAAAGGCUGCAACUUUAAAUCCGCUAUUCCUAACUGUUCUUGA